UCUUAUUUUAAAGCGUCUGUAAAUAAGUCAUGUGAUCUGUCAUGUGACCAACCAUGUUAAACUGAAACUGAAUUUCGAGUGGGCGUGUUUGCAACAUAUAAAAAAAGAGUUAUAACAGAAGCAACUUUAAUCAUGGCACGUGCCACUGUCACAGUCAGAGAACUGAAGAAUAAGGACACUGGGAUAGAUUUAUCAGUGACAUCAUACAAGGAGACAAAAGGGAUGCUGGGAUCUUCCUAUGAAUACCAAGUGAUGGUUGUAUCAAAUCUGUCAUACUUUAAGUCAGCAAAACACAAGGAAGCAGAUAAUGUCCAGUUUACAGUAAUGAAAAAGCUUAAUGACUUUGAAGAAAUUCACAGUAAAUUUAACACAAAAUACAGUGGGACUGCUUUUCCUCAGCUUCCGAAGAAAGUGUUAAUGAUGAAUGACAGUAUUGCUAAAGAGCGGAGAAAUAAUUUGGAUCAUUUUCUGAGAUAUUUGGCUUCGACACCUAAACUUUGUACAGAUCCAAUUCUUUUGGAAUUCCUAGGUGUGAGUGCCAUGAAGGCAGGGAAGUUGAGAAAGAUGGAGGUCUCAGAAUCAAAGGUCAACAAAGAUGAUAACUCUGAUGAAGUAACAGAUAAACCAGAAGCUGGGGAUGCAUCAAAUAAAGAUAACAAUGAAGAUGAUGAAAAUUUAUUUGAUGAUGAAGAUUAUGACAAAAACGCUGAUGAUGAUGAUAAUGAUUUGUUUGGUACUGAGGAUAUUUCAACCGACACUAAUUUAAAUGGUGAUUUAAAGAUAUUUGAUGAGCCAGACUUAAGUGGAGCAUUGGAGGAUGGUGAAGGAGAUGACCUAUUUAUAACUGGGUCAAGGUCAGAGGUCAAGGUCACAUCCAUGCAGCCAGAUGAAGAUAAUGAGGAAAGCAAUGAUGACCUUUUCAGUGUUGAUGAUGAUUUAGACAAAAUUAUGAAGAUGUCACUUAAACCAGAAGAUAGUGAAUCAGUGGAGCAAGUUAAUGACGAUCCUAAACUAGAUGUUACAGAUUCAGAACCAAAGGCUGAAGAAGAAGAAGAAGAGAAAGCUGAACCAGUACAAUCCAAACCUGAAACAGAAGAUAAACCAUCCAUUCCAAAGGGAGAAGAACCAAUUAAAACUAAAGAAAAUGACAGUACAAUAGUUAGUGAUUUUGACAGUGUUACAGCAGAAACAGAAUUAUUGACUGAUACUACAGCAAAGGAGAAAGUAAGACCUAAACCUGCUUUGAGAAAAAAGCCGGAUAUUGGAAGUAAACCUGAUUUAAACCCCAAACCAGGACUGAAACCUAAACCUGGUGCAAGUCCAACAAAACCAGACACUCCUACUAAACCAGGAAUUCCAAAUAAACCGGGACUUCCUAAUAAACCGGGACUUCCUAAUAAACCAGGACUCCCAAGUAAACCAGGAGUUCCAAGUAAACCAGGAAUUCCAAAUAAACCAGGAAUUCCAAGUAAACCAGGAAUUCCAAAUAAACCAGGAAUUCCAAGUAAACCAGGAAUGCCAAAUAAACCAAGUAUUGCCACUAAAUCAGAUAAUGAUAUAACUGACUCAACAGCCAAUGCAAAUGAGAGUAAAAAAGACACAAGUGCUGUAGUUGAUAUCACUGAAGAUGAUAUAAUGAAAUAUAUUCAAGAAAAUACGCAAGGUGGUGAUGAUGAUUUAGAUUUAUUUUCAUAGCAGAUUGUUUUAAUUUCAUAGUGAAACCUGUGCAAAAAGAUCACCUGUGAAUAAAGAUCACAUAUAGAAAACCUUACAUUUAAGGUCAACAUUUGAUUUCUUUUCUCCAUUUAUACUCACAGCUACAAAAUUAGCUGUUUUGACAUUCCCAUUCUGAACAACAGUUUGAAUUUAUCCAACACUGGUCAUUAUAGACAGGUUUAAAUGUAUUGAGUGAUGAAAUUGAAUAAUUUGUGUAACUGUAUUCAGUGUUAGAAGAACUUGAUAACUUUGAUAAAAUUCAUUAACAUGUGUUACUGUAUUCAUUUCUAGAAGAACUUUGAUAACUUUGAUAAAUUUCAAUAACAGGUUUAACUGUAUUUAUUUGAAGCAAAUCUUUAGUAACAUUGAUAAAAUUCAGGAUAAGGAGUAACUGUUUUCAGUUAUAGAUUAACUUUGGUUUCUUUAAUAAAAUUCAAUAACAGGUGUUACUGUAUUCAGUUCUAGAUUAACUUUUGUUACAUUGAUAAAUUCAGUUACAGGUGUAACUGUAUUUGGUUAUAGAAGAACUUUGAUAAAGUAACAAAAAAGGGUUUACUGUAUUUAUUUGGUAACAUAAAAAACGAUUUUU